UGGACAUCCUAUCCAAGUAGGAGUAAGCUUAGGAGUCGAGUAUCGCCACUGAUGAACAGAAAGCAAGAGAAGCAGCUGAAGGACUUGGUGUUCCCAGACGGGUCAAAUUAUGAGGCCCAUCAAGGACUCAAAAGGCAGCGGAUACAGGAGGCCAAGUCACUUGCCAACCGGUGGAAGGAGAGAGAAAAGAGAAGAACCUUCCAAUAUCUGAUGGAGAUCGUAUCUUUGCUGAAAAGUGCCGGGAACUCCAGGGCUUUAUCCAACCUCUGACAGAACUUCUAAAUGGAUUAAAAAGGGGCAGAUAUGACCGAGGCCUGAGCACUUUCCAGCAGAGUGUGGCUAUGGAUCGGAUACAGAGGAUCGUUGGCGUUCUUCAGAAGCCAGAGAUGGGAGAGCGUUACCUGAGCACCUUACUACAAGUGGAAAUGAUGUUGAAGAUUUGGUUCCCCGGGGUCAGCAGCUCCUCUUCCUCCUCUUCGUCCUACUCAGACUUUGACAUGGAAGAACCUCAGCACAAAAUGGCCAAGCAGCCAAAUCUUGUAUCUGCUGGACAGAAAAUCUGCCCUUUAAGACCAGUUCGUCCUUCAAGCAGUCCGACUAUGAAUAAACCACCAGAAUGUCACACCUUAGCCCCAGUUCAUAGAGACUGUGUGUGCUGCAAAGAUGUUUUGACAGAGUGGCCAACCAUGAACUUGACCUGGAUGCACACCGCGCCCAUCUGCAACCCUCCUCUAAGCCAGGUGGACCUCCAUCUCAACACCACUGUAGGCCAGGAUUUGUUUUAUCCUAAUGGCAACAGCUGUGGCAUCAUUUUUGUGGUACAGAAGAGUCAGGCGCCGGUGUCCCCAACAGUGGAAUCUGUAGACAGCGAAGAUAAGCCUUUAGACCUUCGAUAUUACGGAGAGGGCUCACAAGAGCGUCUAUCUCCCCGGAGUCGGAGCGCUCCGGCCAUAGUUGACCUCCACGACCGAACUGAUGUUGGGCAGUUGAAGUCUCGUUCACGUUCGCUCACAACAUUCACGUUGACCUCCGGAGGUGAAAAUACCUAA